CAUUUCAUUUCGGAAUGUGACUAUAUAUACAAUAUUUACGUUUCAUGUAUAUCGAUUUAGCAUUUACUUUCGGGAUGUAAGGAGAUAUUUUUCUAUAUUUGGACUGCGUAAACGGUUUUUCUAUGUAUAUUAUCAAUAUGUGGAUUUAUAUGAAACAUGAAGAACUAAAUUCGUAACAUCAAAUGAAAAUACCACGUAUGCAUGAAUGAAUAAAUGUUUCCAGUUUAGUGUCUUUUUAUCAGCGACAAACGGACUGACCCUGGUAAUUUUUGAGUGCCUGUCGAUAAAGAGGUACUGCAUACAUGUUGAAAUAUCUCAGUUUAAUUGCCCUAACUGCACAAAAUGCGAUGGUCAUCUUGGUCAUGCGCCAUGUGCGCACAAGAGGUGGGGAAAUGUUCAUGGCGACGUCAGCUGUGGUGAUGUCGGAAGUGCUCAAGUUUUCAUCAUGUCUCCUCAUUAUAUUCUACCAGCAGGGCAGCAUGAGGAGAUGGUUACAUCAUCUACAUGAAAAUAUCAUUCUACAACCAGGUGAUUGCCUCAAAGUAUCAGUGCCGUCCCUUGUAUACACAUUGCAGAAUAAUCUCCUGUAUAUAGCACUGUCUAAUUUAGAUGCAGCAACAUUUCAGGUGACAUAUCAAUUGAAGAUUCUCACCACAGCCAUAUUCUCUGUGAUCAUGCUGCGCAAGUCACUGUCUAGUAUACAGUGGGUAUCUCUAGUCAUUCUCUUCAUGGGAAUUUCAAUCGUUCAGAUGCAGCCGGAAAAUUCCGGUCAGAGUCAAACCGGAAGAGAACAGCGCCCUCUGUUGGGACUUUUCGCUGUGUUCAUAUCUUGUCUUAUGUCUGGCUUUGCUGGCGUAUAUUUUGAAAAGAUUCUGAAAGGAACGAAACAGUCGGUGUGGUUACGAAAUGUUCAGUUAGGUGUUCUCGGCUCAGUGAUAGGAAUGAUCACUAUGGAGAUAAAAGAAGGUGAAAAAUUACGAGAGCUUGGAUUUUUUUACGGCUAUGACUCGCUAGUGUGGCUGGUGAUUAUACUACAGUCGCUAGGAGGUUUAUUAGUUGCCGUGGUAGUCAAGUAUGCUGACAAUAUUCUGAAGGGAUUCGCAGCCUCUCUAGCUAUAGUCGUCUCAUGUAUAGUAUCAGUAUUUUUCUUUGAUUUCAAGAUGUCAUUUCAGUUCAUGUUAGGUGCAAGUUUUGUGAUGGUAUCAAUUUAUUUAUAUGGUAAAUAUGUACCUCAGCCAACUGCCGUCAAAAAGUCUGACGAUGUUCAGAAUGGUAAAGUGCGUGCAAUAUAAGAAUCUGAUAGCACAUAGGUUACCAUACAAACCGAUAAUCACAUUUUAAAAUGCGCAUUUAAUGUCUGAAAUCUUGUCUCAUAAGUAUUCUUUCGCUGUUAGCGAAUCGGACAGGAGAUGGCUUUAAAGUACACAGCUUUAAAAUUUAGUGCUUGGUAAUGAUGCAUGAAUAAAUGAAUGUUUGAAAUUGAGUAAAAGUGGCAGCCUUUUUCAGUAUCCAAAUGUUUUGAUAUAAAGUUUAUAAGUUAAAAGGUUCAGCUAUUUGGCCAGUGUAUUUAGUACAUAACAGCUUUUAAAACAGUAUUAUUUUACUGUCAUUUUCAUUAAAAUAGCUUUUAUAUCAUGCUUAAGGCUAUAGGGGACUUUGGGGUAAAGAGGAUAGGUAGGUAAUUUUUGCAUUUAGACCUACAUUGCUGUAGAAAUUCUAAGAAAUGUUCAUCUUGUUAAUUUACUUGCUGAUAGACCGACAUACAUUUUAUAUGUUUGUUUGUUGUGUUAUUCUUCACAUGUAAUCUGAUUAAAAUCAAAGUUAUCCUGUACGUACUAAAUCAGUAUGUAAAAAAAAACAGUAAAAUGCAUAUGAUAGAAAAUUAAAAAGCUGGCUGUUUUGAAGUGUAUUAUUCUUCUCCAUUAAAGUAAAAUUUACUCAGAUGUCUGUUUAGAUGUAGUAUUUAUCGCUAAUAAUUGAAAAAAAGGUCCAAAACUAUCAGUGACUAAAUCAGCAGGUAAGUACCGGUAAACAUUGGAAAGGGGAGAAAAAUCACUAGAAAUUUGGUAAAAGUCUGAAAUUUUUUAAUGGAAUACAUGUAUACAUCUUCCUUUUAUAUAUAGUUAAUAAUUGCUAGAUCUUUUAUCUUUUGAAUUUGAAAGCAGCAUUGUUACUUAUCCUCUAUCGCCUGAAUCACUGUAGUCCCAUGCAGUAAAGUAUAAAUGAAUAGAAUACAAAAUAGUUUUACUGGGAACCAUGGCAUUAAUAAUUGUAUUUUGCAGUUGUGAAUGCUUUACAAGUUUAUUCAAGCAAGUGUGCUUAAGACUUCUAGUUGUGAAAGUUUUGACUCAAGAAAUGAAUGACUGUACAAUAUGAAAUGUACAGAAGGGCAGGUUACAAUUAUCAGCAGGUUAUAUCUGUAUGCAUGUUUUUUUUGUACUUAAAUAGUUACAGGUGAUGCACAGUGACUUGUCCUGUUAGUCAAGAUUUUAUACAAGCAUGCAAAACUGUUUUAUAUUUCUAAAGGUUAUCACAGAUAGGAUGUUUUAGUCCGUUUUUUUUAUGAGGUAAACGUCUGUUUAAAAUGUAGAACUGUGCUCUCCUAGGUUUAACUGUACAACAGAUCUGUUUCCUCUACCUGUAAAAACAGCAUAAAGUAUUGUGGGCUUUUUUCCUACAAGAUAAAAAAUACAGCACACUGAAUUUGGUCAUUAUGCUAUAUAGAUUUUGUCAAUGUUGUCUUUUUUUUUGGCUAUGAAUGUGUCAACAGAAUCAUCAAUAUUGUAAUCACUCCUGAUUGUUUGGUGUUUAAUCAGAAAUUAGUCAUGCCAUUAUAGUUUAGUAUGUGGUUUAUAAAGUUAUAAACAAGCCCAACCAAUUGGCUUAGAUGCCUUGAAUGCCCUAGAACUCUUAAUCUAGAAGCUUAGAGUUUGAUCCUUAGGCAGACUUACGGUGUGAAUGAUGAUUUAACAGAGGAUUAUAACCCUCUACCUGGGUCCGUAUUUAUUAGGGAUGGGAACGAUUAUUCGAAUAUUCGGAAAUCGGUCGAAUAUUCGAAUAUGAAAAUCAAAUUCGAAUAUUCGGAAAUUAUUGUUUUUUUUUUUUUUCAAAAUAAGUAUCAUUGAUUUUGGGCAAUAUGAGCAUGCUAAUUCUACAGAAUAAAACCAUGUCAUGUUUGUUUAUCGAGUAUCAAAAGAUGUCCAAUUAACAAGAAAAUAGCAAUGCAUAAUUGGCAGGGUCAAUCGUUACGGAUUAACAGUUUGCAACAGACGUCAAUGUGUCAGAUGCAUGUCAAAAGAUGUCCAAUUAACAAGAAAACUGCAAUGCAUAAUUACCUGGGGUCAUCGCUAAGGAUUAACAGUUUGUAUUAGGCGUAAAUGCGAUAUCUUUUUAUCUUUUGUUCAUUUUUAUUGGCACCUGUUUUAUGUAAUUGUAGAUUUUUUUUUCGAAAACAAUACCAAACUUGUAGAUAUUGCUGAUCUUUUCACAAUAUUUUGUACGAUGUUUCAGACCAUCCGCAAUCGGCCAUAUUCGAAUUAAAUUUUGAAGUACUUUAUAAGAAGAUCAAGAAAUAACAUAUGAUUGAUGCAUACGUUCAUGUUGAAGGAGGUUUAUGUCUGCCUUACUUGCUUUUUACACGACGAUUUUUUCACGCCGAUUGAAAAUUUUCAGAAUGGCGGCGGUAAUACAACAGCGCGUCACAUGUUUAAAUGGGACGAUCUGCUAUUUUUAGAUAAAAUUGCGACGGUCUAGAUUAUAAUCGUUCUGAUUUUUUAUAUCAUUUUGAAGCUAAAACACUGAAUAAGUUAAAUAUAUUCAUGGUUAUACUGACAGAAUCGUGAAAUAAAACGCUAGGAUCGGCAGGUUUAGCUAGGUAGGAUCGGGUUACCCGAAACAAAUAUUUUUUGGCCUUAUUACUUACGAUGAUCCACGCUUUAAACAAAUGAAUACGUUGUGUAUAUGCCAAUCACUUAAUAAGAAUUUAAAGCUUCCAUUAAAACAAACCGAAUAUUCGAAUAUAUUCGAAUAUGGCAAACUGAAUAUUCAAAUAUUAAUUUCAGUAUUCGUUCCCAUCCCUAGUAUUCAUAAAGCUAGUCUCAAAACUGCUGCGUCUGAUUGGUUGUUUCUGAGUACAAGUUUGAAAUUGACCAAUGGCAAGGCUUGAUUUUUGGACUGGUAGACAAUCUCAUUUUUAAAGGGCCAGGAGAAUGUAUGGUUUGUACUCUGAUUUGAAUGAUAUUCUGAACAGUAAAAAAUAUGUAGAUAAAUUUUAUAGAGGUAGUUGUAAAUAUUAUCCUUUAUAAAUUCAUUGUUGGAAUUUAUACCAAAUAUGUUUUGAAUUUUCUUGCCAGUUUUUCACAUAGAUAUACUCUACUACUUAUUAAAAUUGUAAACCAGUCUGUGCAGUGUUAGGAAUUUGUAAACCAGUCAGUGCAGUGCUAGAAAUAUGUAAACCAGUCAGUGCAGUGCUAGGAAUAUGUAAACCAGUCAGUGCAGUGCUAGGAAUAUGUAAACCAGUCAGUGCAGUGCUAGGAAUAUGUAAACCAGUCUGUGCAGUGGUAGGAAUAUGUAAACCAGUCAGUGCAGUGCUAGGAAUAUGUAAACCAGUCAGUGCAGUUCUAGGAAUUUGUAAACGAGUCAGUGCAGUGCUAGGAAUUUGUAAACCAGUCAGUGCAGUGCUAGGAAUAUGUAAACCAGUCUGUGCAGUGCUAGGAAUAUGUAAACCAGUCUGUGCAGUGCUAGGAAUAUGUAAGCCAGUCAGUGCAGUGCUAGGAAUAUGGAAACCAGUAUACUGGCUUCGAUAUGCUGUAAGUAGAAAUGAUUAUUCAUAGUGAAGUUUCUAUAAGUAGAACUGUGUUUUUAUUUAUACUAAUGUAGCAUGAUGGAUGUCUAAAUAUGUUAAAAAAAAUUUACAAAUUGUUAAAUAUGGUACUGUUAAGGAGCAGGGCAGGUGGAAUGGAUGAAGUCAUACAACACAACACAACAUAUAAUGAUACAUUGUCUGCUUAAGAAUUGAUACUUCCAGGCCUCCUUCGAUUUUGAUACCUGGAAACACCAGAAAACUUCAACAGUUUGUUAAUCCCCUUAUGACCUUGAGCAGUUGGCAUUUCACUGUAUAAAGUACAUUUUGUGAUAUGUGUUACUGAGUUGACUAAGUUGUUUUUGUAAGAAAUUGGUGUAGCAGUGUGAAGGUAUGUUAGGUAAAGCAGACUGAGUUUAUACAGAUCUAAGUAGUAGAGAAUAACUAUGUGGUUUGUUGCCAUAUUAACAGGACCUGGUGUGUUCUUGUUGUUUUCCUGUGCUUAUUUCAAUUUUUCCACGGCAUUAUAAACUCAGUGCUUCUUAAACUCUAAUAAUUGUAAAUCUUAUAAUUUUAGUAAUUAUUAAUGGACAAUGAAUGACAAAUUUUAAAGCUUUGUACAUGUGAAGGCUUCAAGGCAACACUAAAAUAUGAUUUUGGUUGACACAGAUAUGAAGUAUUAAGCAGAAUGACACAAUUUAUGAUAUAAAGCUAUGUCUUGUUGAAAAAUUUCAUUUUUUUUUCGUCUCAAAUCAAAUAAAUUAAGUUUAACAGUGCUGUAUUAAUCUGUUAUCUCCGCUUGUUGAAACUGUUUAAACAGCUUUCUUUUCAGAGUUAUUUAGAAUUUAGUGUUAAGUUACAAAAAAAAAGUAUUAUAGAAAUGUUAAGGAGUGUUUAUAUUAAGUUUUAUCAGAUGUUACUAGGUUAUUAGUGAAUGUUUUAUACUGUGAUCUAUCACUGUUUACUGUAUAUACAAUGUGUAUACAAAAAUGUACAUGCAAGAGCUUUGUUAAAUGCAUUUAUUCCCCUUUGAUAAAAGAGAGUAUACAUUGUAUAGUCUAUUCAAAAGAUAAAACAAACAGCUUUUGCUUAAAAUUAGCAGCUAUUUUAUGUAGCAACUUAGGAAAUUGUUGUUAUUAUCUGAUUCUAGAAUUUAUAUCAAAAAUGGUGUAAUUAAUACAAAGUAUGCAUAGACUAUUUUGGUCUGUUAUAAGUAAGUGGGAUUUAAACUGUAGUGAGAGUGAAAAAAGAUUGUGGAAUUUUUUUUCUAUGGCUUGAGCUUUUAAAAUGUAAUAAACAUAUAAUGUAAUUUACUGGUUUUAAAUUGUUGAAUUCUUUGUUUUAAAGGUCACGAAUCUCAAAAGAAAACCAGUAUUUGUUUCACUAUAAUAUCUACAUCAGUUUUAAAACCAGUCAUUUUACAAACACCCCAAGAGUUAUUGCCCUUGUCUAUCAAAUAGCAAUAAGAGGACUGCGUCCAGUUUAAAUUUGCUUUGACAGGUGCAUAUUGUAAAUUUGGGAUUCUAUUCUUUUAAAGAUAUUUGCACGAUAAUAAUGGGAAUGUAUGAUUUUAUAGUGCUUGUUAUAGUUGUAACACUUGAUCUGUGACUUGCUGGAGGUUACCAGAGAUGAUAUAAUGCCGGGAACACAUAUAAUCCAUCUUAAGGUACAUGCAGUCCAAGAAAUUAGCUUUCACACAUUUUCAGUUUAAUGAUCAGCUCUGUUUACUACAAAUGAUUGCAUUAUAGA